AAAAAAAAAAAAAAACACCUCCGAAAUACUCAUCAAGGUGGAUCUUCUAUCUUUGUUUUAAUAUUAGUCUGCAUUGAGGAGAAGUGGAAUGAGAAGAGAAACAAAGGCAGCAGCCGUCCAUGGCUCCAAGCACCGCGACGCUCGCAGCCAAGCUCCCCCAGUUCGCUUCGCAGGAGCGGGCUGUCGUGCGCCAUGAGAGGAGAAGUGCGGCUCAGCUCCACUGAGAGGAGGAAAUAUCACCUGACGAGCGCCCUCCUCCCUCUCCAUCACUACCAACACCGCCAAAGUGGGGACAGAAGCAGACACCGUCACUCCCCGCAUCUUUCAAACCGGAGACGGUGAACGCUUCACAUCAGCUGCGCGUUUUUAGGGAGGACAGAACUUUCUCAUCGACCUGUGUGUGGGGGCGGGGGGUGGGGGGAACUCGGAGGAACCUUCAUCCCCGACUGACUGGAGCGAGCUGUCAGAGAGUCUCCUUGUGAGCACUUCACUUUUUCAAGUCCAACAAAGUCCCGAUUAAAGUCCUGGGGCCACUGUAUCGAAGAUGCCGGUCCGGAGAGGCCACGUGGCUCCGCAGAACACCUUCCUGGACACCAUCAUCAGGAAAUUCGACAGUCAAAGUCGCAAGUUCGUCAUUGCCAAUGCAAGAGUGGAGAACUGCGCCAUUAUCUUCUGCAACGAUGGCUUCUGUCACAUGUGUGGUUACUCACGAGCUGAGAUCAUGCAGAAGCCAUGCACGUGUAACUUCCUUUACGGACCUGACACUAAACGUCUGGCCAUUGCUCAGAUGGCGCAGGCCCUACUCGGGUCAGAAGAGAGGAAAGUGGAGAUCAACCUUUACCGCAAAGAUGGCCAGUGCUUCCUCUGUAUGGUGGAUGUGGUGCCCGUGAAGAACGAAGAUGGCAUGGUGAUCAUGUUCAUCCUCAACUUCGAGGUCAUGACUGAGGAGUCACUGCAAGACGGCAAACAGGAACUCAACCACCGCCUUCCCACCUGGCUCGUCACUGGUCGUCCAAGAGGUUUCAAGUUGCGCCUUCCCCUGCUGCGGUCCCUCUCCAACAGUAAAGUGUCUCUGAAUGACGCGGAGUCUGGUCUGAUCCCUAUUGCGACGCCUUUGCCACUGCACCCAGUCGACCACUGUCACGAGUCCCUCGGCUUUGGGGAGUUCCUGCCCCUUCCCCCUUUACCGUCAGAUCACACGGAGCAAAUCAGUGAACGCAGGUCACCUCUACAAGGUUGGACAGAAGACCACGUGGAGGACCACCGCACUUUACUGGACUCAGUGUCUCCUGUGCCCCCUCCUUUACCUCCUCACCACGUAAUCCACCUUGUGGGACCCCUGACCCAGUCGUCCUCUUGCGUAGCACCCCACCAUCGCCUCAGCCUCAACCAGGACGCCUCCGGCUCUAACUGUUCGCUGUCACGAAGCCGCUCGCGGGAGAGCUUCCACAGCAUGAGGCGUGCAUCCUCUGUCGACGAGAUUGAGGCCAUGAGGCCUGACUGGGACCGGAGAAAACGGAGAGCGAGUGUCCGACUGGGAAGCACUGGUGCAGUCAAUAGUAAGUCCAACAUACUGAACUCCACGUCAGACUCUGACCUCAUGCGGUACCGUACCAUCUCCAAAAUUCCUCAGAUCACCCUGAACUUUGUGGAUUUCAAACCCGACCCCCUCAUCGCCCUUCCCACAGGGGAGAUGGACAUCAUUGCGCCUUGUAAACUCAUCGACCGUACGCACAAUGUGACAGAGAAAGUUACUCAGGUGCUUUCUCUCGGUGCAGAUGUGUUGCCAGAAUACAAGCUCCAGGCUCCACGCAUCCACAGCUGGACAGUGUUGCACUAUAGUCCUUUCAAGGCGGUGUGGGAUUGGCUCAUCCUGCUACUGGUCAUCUACACCGCCAUCCUGACACCUUACUCAGCUGCUUUCCUCCUGAACGACCAGGAAGAAGCAGCCAUGCAGAGCUGUGGUUACUCCUGCUCUCCUCUCAAUGUGGUGGACCUCAUAGUGGACAUCAUGUUUAUUAUCGAUAUCCUCAUCAACUUCAGGACAACAUAUGUGAACACUAACGAUGAGGUGGUGAGCCAUCCACUGCGCAUCGCCGUGCACUACUUCAAAGGCUGGUUCCUCAUUGACAUGGUGGCCGCCAUUCCCUUCGACCUUCUAAUUUAUCGCAGUGGGGAGGAGACCACCACUCUGAUUGGCCUGCUGAAAACAGCUCGUCUCCUCCGAUUGGUCCGCGUAGCACGAAAACUGGACCGCUACUCAGAAUACGGCGCAGCUGUCCUCUUCCUCCUCAUGUGCACCUUUGCCCUCAUUGCACACUGGCUGGCCUGCAUCUGGUAUGCCAUUGGUAAUGUUGAGCGGAACGGCUCGAUUGGGUGGCUCCAUACACUCGGGGACCAACUGGGAAAACAAUUUAAUGACUCCAUCCCAGGAACAGGACCCUCCAUUAAAGACAAGUACGUUACAGCUCUGUACUUCACCUUCAGCAGUCUGACUAGUGUGGGUUUUGGAAAUGUCUCCCCGAACACCAACUCAGAGAAGAUAUUCUCCAUCUGUGUCAUGCUUAUAGGAUCCCUGAUGUACGCCAGCAUCUUUGGGAACGUCUCCGCCAUCAUCCAGCGGUUGUACUCGGGGACGGCCCGUUACCACACCCAGAUGCUUCGAGUCAGGGAGUUCAUCCGCUUCCACCAGAUCCCCAACCCGCUCAGGCAGAGGCUGGAGGAGUAUUUCCAACAUGCCUGGUCGUACACUAAUGGCAUCGACAUGAAUGCUGUGUUAAAAGGUUUCCCGGAGUGUCUCCAGGCGGACAUCUGUCUCCAUCUCAACCGGACUUUGCUGCAGAACUGCAAGGCUUUUAAAGGCUCCACCAAGGGCUGCCUCAGGGCACUGGCCAUGAAGUUUAAGACCACCCACGCACCCCCGGGUGACACGCUUGUCCACGCCGGGGAUGUCCUCACUGCAAUCUACUUUAUAUCCAGAGGAUCCAUAGAGAUACUAAGAGGAGACGUUGUGGUUGCCAUAUUAGGAAAGAACGACAUCUUUGGUGAACCUAUCAACCUGUAUGCUCGACCGGGUAAAUCCAACGCAGAUGUGAGGGCUCUAACGUACUGCGACCUUCACAAAAUAUUCAGGGAAGACGUGCUAGAGGUGUUGGACAUGUAUCCUGAAUUUGCAGAACACUUCUGGAACAACCUGGAAAUUACCUUCAACCUCCGUGAUACCAACAUGAUCCCAGGCUCUCCCAGCAGUGAUGAGUCUAAAUGUGGGGGGUUCAACAAAUUACGCAGACGCAAAUUAUCAUUCAGGCGACGCACAGAGAAGGAUGAUGCAGAUGUCGGCGAAAUUAAAAAGACCCACAAGUCUGUAAACAGAAGACGAGAGAGAGAAGCAGCCCACAACCAAAAACGUCAAGAGGCAGCAAAGAGGCAGUAUCGGAGCUCAGUGUCUUCCAAUUCCAGCGGUGAUGAGGGAGAGGAUUCAGUUGUAACCAGCCUCGCUCCUUCAUCGGCAAUGUUGGAGAACCAUCAUGUACAGGCAACACACAAAAACACUGAGAACACAGAUGUGGAUGGAGAAGUCAAAACUGGCAACACCUGCAACGCAUUGUCAGGUGCCCUCUCAGGUGUGUCCAAUAUCUUCAGUUUCUGGGGGGAAAAUCGAGGGGGUGGUCAGUACCAGGAGGUUCCUAGCUGCAGCCUAGCCUCUCCCCCACCCCUCAGCACACCUUUGCACAGCUUGAGCCGCCAGCAACGCAACCUGCUGGACACACGCCUAGACCUGUUGCAAAAACAACUUAACAGAUUGGAGAGUCGCAUGUCAGCAGAUAUUGGAACGAUCAUGCAGCUGCUGCAGCGACAGAUGGCUCUUGUCCCCCCUGCCUAUAGUGCUGUAUCAUCACCGCCUCAGGCCUCCCCAUGCGCUGAUCCAGGUACUGGAGAGAAUCUGGUUCCGCCUGUUACACAUGUGGAGACAAACACCCUGGCCUCCUUAUCACAGAUCUUGGACUCUCAGGACUUCAAGGAGUUCCCAGCGACGUCUCCAGAAUCUCGGGAACUGCAGGACUCACCUUUGUUCAACACCAGCCAGAACCAGCGCUCCUCUUCUGGACUGGACAUCUUAGGACAGCAUUUGGAGCUUGAAAUUGGAUUGGAAAUUGGAGGUGCAACUAUUUUACAGCCAGCAGCAGAUUUAGAUUUAGGCAGUGGUGCAGGAUCAGGUUCACAAUCAGAGAUGGGCACAAGCCUAAGAAGAACAGGGUUGGACUUUGUUUCAGAGUUGUGUAUCAAUGUUGGGGUUGAGCAAACAGCUGAAGCAGGGCUAUUUUCCCAGGAUUCUGAAACCCAAAGGAGGUUGUCUCUCCAAGAGUCGCAUACACCUCAGGACUCACGGACACCACAGAGACACGGCUCCGACCCAGGGGGGAGCUAAGGAAGAAGCGAAGGGCGCAGAGAACGGGAAGGUUCUACGUUGAGAGGGAAUGAGCGACAUGUUGUAUCCUACUUGCCCUAUUUAAACCUUUGGAACCAAAACCCUCCUGUGACCUUAAAUGCAAAGAUGCACCAUUCAGUAAGGCUGUCUCAACCCAGAGGGUAAAAGUAACGUUGAUGCCUCUCUCUUCCAAGGUCCUCCCCUUUCCACAUAAACACCCAGAACUCUUCAACAGUACGACGUUGAAUCAAAAACCCCCAAAAGAGCAGAGAAGAGGCUCUGACACUCAGCCCAAAGGAAGCUUAAGGCUAACAUCACUUCACUCUCAAAUGACUGCAAACCUUUAGGAGUAUGUUUACCUUAGGAGUAGCCCUUUACUGCUGAACCCAGUCUUGGAUGACUUAUCACGGACAAGCAAAGACAAAAUAACAGCAGACUGAAUAAUAAUGAAACAAGUAGCCAUCACGUCUUGCACUGAAAUCUAUUCCAUGCAUCAGUGGCGCUUCCAAAAACUCACAAACUGGUUGGUAAAAAUGUAGUGUUAGCUGGCCUAACAGGAAACCCGCUGUCCCAUUGUGUCAACGGUUCCUUGCCCCCGAUGUCCUGCGCCAACAGGUCGAGAAAAUGCUCCCCCCUAAUUCCUAAGAGCACACUUGACUGGCUGGUUUGCACCUCAGGGGUGGGUACGAGAGGGUUAAAAAGCCAUGAAUUUUCUUGAUGAACAUAUCAGCUGCCCUACCAGAACCAACGUCGACAUUUGCUCGUGGGUGACGAACCCUCAGCAUGCCUAGACGGUGGCACAGUCAUGUAAUAAUUGGCAAAACCAAACAUGUCAACAAAGAUGAAAUCCCAGUUUUCUAACUUGGUAAGCGUUGAGCUGUUGCUGAAGAGUUGACGUCCGCAGUGGGUUUUAGUUUAUCAUUGUUGAAUUUGCUACCUCAGAUUUCACUGGUCCAUUGUUUUUCACCUAAGCACCCAGAAUGCUUAUAAAGUGUACAUAGCAGUCAUGAGCUACUGAAAUAUACACGUUAGAUGGUUUACGACCAGACGAAUGCGCCAUUAUUUUAUGUACAGUACAAUAUGCAAACACUGGCAAGAAAUGAGUGAGUGUGCUUUAUUAUUAUUAGUGUGUGCUAACUUUUGGUCCAAAAUCUGUGUGUGUGUCUUCAUUUUGGUUUUCAAUCUGCAAAGUAUAGCUCAGUAUGUUGUUUUCACCCACUGUAAAUGGACACUGGUCUGUUUUUUUAAAGGCAAAUUUGUUUUAAUUAGGGAGUCAUUACAAGCGAGAAGUUUUGUUUUGUGGAUCUAAGCAGCUCAUGUAAAACUCCCUUUAAUAUGAAGUUACAAAAUAGUUACAAGGUCAACGGAGUCUGCCCAAGACUUUUUAAUCAUUCAACCUAAUGUUUCAGAAUUUAUAGUACCAGACAUAAACAUCAUAUUCCUACCUAAAACCUGGGAACACAGAUCCUCUGAGGUAUGAAGAUGCUUGGAUACACAGGGUGACCAGAAGUCAAAGAAGAAAUGUAAUGUAUGUACAAAUGUGCUUGCAUGCAGUGUGAUUCAUCUUUAUAGUUGCAAAGAGCAAAAUAUGCAGGGUGUCCCAUAAUUCACUAUACACCUUUUUUUUUUUCUUUUUUUUUUAAAUUCCGUUUCAGAUACCGUUUGGACAGAUGACAAUGUUAAUUGUCAAGCAGUGGGCAAGGGAAAGAAAUGCUUACAAAAACUGCAAAGCCUGAACUCUCUAAUAUUGAUGACCUCACAUCUGUGUGAAUGAUACCUAAAAUGAAAUAGAAAAAAAAGAAGUGUAUAGUAUUAAUGACUUCAGACUCCCUGUACAUAACUAAGCAUUGAUUUAAUUCUGACCAACCAUUACACUCCACCGCCUUAGAUUGUGAGAGUUUAUAGCUUUACCAUUACAAAACGAUACCUUGUCAGGUUUCAGAUAGCUCAGUGCAACUACAUUAUUUGUAUUCGCAAUGCAAGUGAUAUAGUUUGUCCUCAGACACAUACCUGACUCAAAAAAGAAAUGGGCUUCUCUUAGCUUCAUGAGUUUGGAAACAUCAGGGCAUACCCACUGACGGAUUAAUUUAAAGAUAUUCAUGAGUAGUAGAGUUAAAGAUUUAAAAAAACAUGUAUGAUGUACAAAAAAAGCAUUUGAAAAAUAUAUAUUACUAGCAUAGUAUAGUGGAACCUCAAGUGGAAUGCCCCUGAGAUUGUACAAUCAAGGGAUAGCUGCAUGUGUUUCACAUUUGCGCUUUUUUGUUUUGUCUUUAUUUAUUUAGUUAGUUUUUUGGGCUGGGGGUGUGACACUUAUUCCGAAAGAAAGAUGAGAUGAGAUGUUAAAAGAAGAAGAAUGAUACAAUUUCACUUAAAACAUUGCCUGCACAGUUAGACAUGGUGGGGACAGUUUGAGACUGCAACUGAUUAUUUUUAUUUCCUUUGGUUCCCGGAUCAACCAACGUAACAAAAUGGCUUGCAUUCGGCUUUAGAGGUUUCACUGUAAUGGACAAAUGUAUAAAACAGUAGUGUAAUAGCUCUGCAGUGCUAAAGCAAAAGAAAUACAUAAUACUGUUAAUUUAAAAGGAAAAUGCUCGAAAGUAAAAUCUAGUCGGCCUCCAGUUCCAAAAUGAAUGCGUGUUUUUCCCUCAAGGCAACUGAAAACAAUAGUCCUGUGUAUCUAAUAGACAAAUAAUUAAUCACUUAUAAGUAUCAAUACACCGCAAUUCAAAAAUAUAUAUAUUCCCGAUUUAUAACCCCUCCUCCAUUGAUUGUCUUCCCUGAAAUCUUGUGCAUGAAGUAAUUAAGCCUCUAAAAGGAAACUUACUGCAAUAGUCCUUUAAACUGAUUUGUAGCAGCAGAAACAUUUCCAUUCAUGUUUUAGCACUUUAUAUUUGGAUCAGUGCAAAUGUUUAAUAAGAGACUCAGGAAUGUGUCCUUUGGUUCAUUUUCUUUUUAAUGAAAUGAUGUUAUUCAUUAAAAUAGUCAUCAUUUGCAGAGUCACACCCUAAAACUUAAAUUCUGGUGUAGUUCCCCUUUAAUGCAGCAUUUUGAAGAUUGUAUCUUGCUGCUUGCCGGUUGAAGCUAAUUUAUUUGUGUAUUUUUUUUUUGUCCUUUUUUUUUUUUUAUCUGUGAAUUAUUUCAUUAUUGUAAAUGUCUAAUCAUGUUUCUUCCAUAGAUUCAGGUUUUGUUGUUGUUUAGAGUGUAUUUAUGUAUUUGACAUUCAGGCAAGUCCAAAGUGAUAGAAUAAGUGAUUAAUGAACAAUGUUGUCAUUAUAAUUGAGUUAUUAGUUUCCCAUGCUAAAGGGAUUAUAGAGUACUUUAUUCUCAGUAUGUCCUCAUCAGUGUCCGUAAUUGGAAUAUGUGGCUGUCACGCUUUGUAAAGGUGCACUUUAGUAUCGAACCAAAGCAAGUGAGUGAUGUAACAAAAUGAUCAUUGAAGAUAUUUUUACCUUACGUGUGAUUCAAACCUUUUGAAGGACUUGAGUGAAAGAAAAUGUUGGUGUGACUUGCUCCCUCUAACCUGCGAAGGGAGUCUACCAUCCAUCCAUCCAUUUUCAACACCGCUUAUCCUGGUUAGGGUCGCGGGACGCUGGAGCCUAUCCCAGCUGACUUCGGGCGAAAGGCGGACUACACCCUGAACUGGUCGCCAGUCAGUCGCAGGGCACAUAUAGACACGGACAACCAUUCGCACUCACAUUCACACCGUCACUGAGUGGGAACUGAACCCACGCUGCCUGCACCAAAGUCAGGCGAGUGUACCACUACACCAUCAGUGACUGGGAGUCUACCAAUUUUUAAUUAACAACCCUAGUGAGGAUAAGCGGUAUAGAAAAUCCAUCCAUCCAUUUUUUUUCUGAACAAAAAGCUCCCCGCCAAAAUAAAAAAAAGAAAAAAAGUUGAACUAUUACAAGGAUAAACAAUGAAGGACUCUAGAGAGACACAGCUGCUAUUCUCACGCAGUGUUAUGUGGUCAUUUUGAUAUUCACAUAAACAAAUUACAACUUUACUCAUGUAACAUCAAAACUUCUUUUUUUUUCUGCUUUUCAGUGUGGCCCAAAUUCUCCCUCAGCAUCUUUAGACAACAAAAUUGUAUUUGUGCAAGUUCCCUUUUAUAGAGCUCACAGCUGGGAAAUUGCAAUUUACUUUUCACCAUCGCGACAGUACUUCUGUUUUGGUUUUUUUUCUUCUUCAGAAUGUUUGCAACGCCCCAAAAUAUUGCUCCCGGGGCGACGGCCACCCCUAUCCUCUCUUUAUGCUGCUUUGCCUUCUCUUGUGCGCAGUUUGUCUGCAACCAUUCGAGAAGCACAGAAAUGGUUUGUUAUACGUAAUUUUUAAAAUCAUUUCUAUAUACAGUAUGUCUUGUGUGUCAGUGAGGCCUGUAACUAAAGACUACUGACUUUAAGCCAGGUUAUAUUGGCUCUCCUUGCCAUCUCAUGUACUGUAGGGAAUGUUUGUAUUUUAUUUGUUUUGUUUGUUUGGGUACAAUAAGUCACCUAGUGGCCUGAACUGUAACUCUAUAUUCAGAACUAUAACCUCAAAUCUAGAAUGUGGUUGUAUCUUAUUUGACCUUGUAAGUGUCGGUAGACCUAAUCGUAAUAUUCAAAGCUAGAGAAUACAUGAUGUAAUGCAUACUGCAUCUUAAACCACUAUGGGUACACUUUGAAAAAGAAGACAAAUAACUUAAUGUUUGUGCAUGAGAUGGGAAGGUGUGUUUAAGUUCAAGAUGUUUAGGAGUCUUCUAAUUCCCAUUUUAAUACGCAAAACAAACAUACUCGCUUGCCAGCUCUUCCAUACUGUUGAGCAUUUUUCAGCUCUAUCCAACUUUCUUUAUGAGUUCCAAUAGACUCGUAUUUGUAGAUACAUUGAGCACUUGAGGUUUACACAAUUCUGGAUCUACUCGCGUCACGCUUUGUCUGUACAUACCAACUUCUUGUAAAGGUAUCAAAACUUUGGCACUCGUAUAGCCAGCACUAUGCAGAAACCGAAACAUUUCUUUGGCAUGCUUUGAAAUGCAGAAUACUACAGAUGAUAUUGUGAAUAAAGUUUUGCUCUAAUUUCCUAUGAGAAAACUUGCCCUAUUGAAAAAAGAAAACAUGCUUAAAGGCAGAAGAUGACCAAGCGAAAGACUUUUAAUAUUGUGCACAUUUUUACUUGCAUGCUGCACUGAAAAUCUGUCAGAAAGAGAGGAUUUGAUGUGCAAAACAGCUGACUUCUGCUGUAUGGUUGCAAACUGUAUGUAGAGUGCAUCACGGAAAUCUUCCAAAUUAUGGGAGAGUCAUAUUUAUAUAUACAGUACAGUACUCAUAUAUGUACCACUCCCAGGUUAUGGGAGAAAGUGAUACUGACUAGCUGCAAAUCUAGUGAUCUAGAAGAUACAAUAUUAUUGUAUAUUUGUAUCUUUGGUUGCAAACUGCUGUAAUGGAGUGAUGCAUGUGUGGCAGUCCUGGACCGAACAGUUUCCCACGUUUUAGGAGCACUUGAUUUAGUUGACCUGCUUAUCGGAAACUAAAGAAAGUGCACCUAAAUGAUUACAAACCCUGCUUUAACACUGCGGGGGGUUAGAGGGUAAAACUCUUGGAAUGUCUCUUGCUAACACAUCUGACUGCAGUUUUCAGCACAUAGGCUUUAUGCUGUGUUUUCCCAUUAAAAUUUGUUCAGACAUUUGGCUUGAAAAAUUAAUAGGUUGUGCAAAAAAAACACCUUUAUAAUCUUGAUUCAAUGUCAAUGAUUCAAUUAUCUAUUCAGAACACUCACCUAUGAAGAAAUGUUAAAUUCAAAGUGCAUUCUUCUGAUUUCAUAUCAUAUUUUGGAAAGAUUUUAGGGGGAAAUUGUGCAGCUCCAGGUUUCUGAUUGUGAGCAUUAUCAGUGGUUGAAGUUUAUAAAAUUUCAAAAUAUUUAU